GUCGUCACUUCGAUUUUGCAUCCAAUCAUGCGCAUCGGUGUCGUUUUGACGGUCUGCUUGGCAGCAACGUGGACCAACCUCGCCACUGCCAACGAACAGCCACAUCAACGCGUUCAUGGCCUUCAAGGAGUGUUGCAUGAAGGCUACUGCUCCGACUCCUGCAUCAACACGUGUACCAACGCCCGAGCCGACUUUUGCGCUGACGCCUUCCCCCACACCGUCAUCGACACCCGCGCGCACGACUAACACCCCUACACCAACCACAACAGUUGCAACCCCUGCACCUACGAAUGCGACAACACCUGAAUCAACAACAGCCCCCAACACCACUGCCCCUGCAACUCCUGAACCUACUGCCACUACUCCUGUUAUCCCUACCAUCAGCCUUCCUACUCUAGCCCCCAACACCACUGUCCUUGUCGACCUCUUGACGCCGACUACCCCCAACGUCACCACGCCUGCGGUUACCCCUGCCGUCACAAACAGCACCGACCCCACAUUGAAGCCACUGACAACCAUCGCCGUCACCACGGACUUGCCCAUCGUGACCAAGAAAGUGGAGGACAAUGUCACGGGCACCACGUUUGAGAUCUUGAACGGCACCAAAGCCCCCGUGACCACAGUGGGCUCGGACGACCUAAUAGACUUGACCCCUUCCCCGUCCAAGCUGAACCCGUCCAAUCCCGCGCCAGGGGGCGGCAGCGAUGCGCCGGAAGCCCCGGCACCAGCUCGCCCGAUCUCGGCUGCUCGCACCGCCGCCCCUCCCGGCGGCGGCCUCGCGGGACCCUCCGACAUCGUUCCAUCCGAAGCAGCCGUGUCCGGCGCUGACACCCCCGGCGACAAGACUAACCGGUACGUGUUCAACGCCGUGGCGGGUCUCACGCUGGUCUUCCUCGCGUUCUUCCACUACUUGGCCAUCGACCCUUCGUUCCUCGCGCCCGAGUCCGUGGCCGGGGCGUUGGUCGCCCCCAACUCGUGGGAACUCCCGUCCUUCGCCACGUUCAUGCAAAUGGUGGCCGUCGUGUCCUGCGCCAACGUAGACACCCCCCACGCAAUCUUUGUGUCGUUCACCGACUCGUUUUCAUGGAUCAAUUUUAUCGUGCGCGGGUCCGCGUACACGGCCAAGUCGCCGGUCGUGGCGUCCAGCCUGGUACUUCUGUCGACCCCGUCCCACCGCCGCGCCCUCACCGCCGACGUCCAAGUGUCCGCCACCUCGUACGACGCGUUCGGGUUCUUCCAGUUUGCGCUACGCUCCAACGUGUUUGAGUUUGACUUGUUUGUGCGCGCGUGGACGUUCUUCUUCAUUGCCGUUAUGAUUCUCCUUGUGCUUGUGAUUACGACCGCGGUCGUGUCGCAGAUCUCGGGCCGUCGGACGCCGUUCACCCAGUCCGACUCGGGCAGCUACACGUCCACACUCAAAGAAGCCAGUCGUCGCAUGCAAGGGUUCACGGUCUGGUUUAUCACCAUGGCGGUGCUUCCGCUCUCGACCGUGUCCAUGUACGAGUUGAUGCGCGACAUCACGUCAGCUGCAGGAUUUGGCUCGAUCACGGGCAUCUUUGCGCUCCUGGCACUGGUGGUGCUGGGCGGGGGCAUCGUAGCCGCCGGCUACGUCGUCCUCCGCCAGUCGGAAGUCCAAUUGAGCAAGUACCGCACCAAGAUUACGUUUGGGGUGUUGUACACCAACUUGAAGUUUGAAUUCCGGUCGUUCUUUGCCGUGUCGCUGCUGGUUCAGUAUGCCACGGGGGUGCUAUUGGCGGGGGUGGUGGCGCCGUCUAUCCAGAUGGUGUUGCUCAUUGCGUUGCACGGGGUGUACGUGGCGUUGCUGGUGUUGCUCCGGCCGUUCGUGACGACGUGGCAGCUUGUGUUCACGUUCGUGUUUGAAGCUGUGUUGGUAGCCGUGUUCGGGUUGGUGUAUGCGAUGGCGUACACGACCAGCACCGACUCCAAGCAAACGUAUGCGUAUGUCGUGGUGGUGCUCGUGUGUGUGGUGAUCGUCCUCAUGUUUGUGCGAAGUCUUGUCAAGCUCUGGACGUUCGUUACCGGUGCAGGGGGCGCCCAUGAUGACGUCAACUCGACCCGAACCCAGUGCACGAUCCCACAGCUGCACUCGGCCGAGUUCAACAGCAACCGCGGGGUCGACACCAUCUCGCUCAACAGUGGCAGCCUCCCUAGCGACCACUACAUGGCCCUCACGACCCCAUCCAGGACGGUCAAGCUCGUCAAUACGAGCGCCAAGCGAUUUUAA